AUGGCAUCUGCUGGAGUCGACAUUGACGCCACCUCUACUACUCUUUCUACCGCGCCUCCUCUGCCUGACGCUCCCCCGUCUAAUUCGGCUGCCCGGGCAGGCACCAAGCGACAGCGCGAACGCGACUCUCCAUCUCCGCAUCCGCCGUCUGGUCGAGCCGAUCCUUUCGAAUCCCCCACUAAAGCCGCUCGCAUCGCGUGGGAUACCAUUCACCCCUCUGUGCAAUUGACCGGGGCAGCAUCUCUACAAGAUCUACAACGCAGGAAGCUCCAAGAACGAGACGGGCUCACAACACAACUAUCAACCACAGAGAACCCAAGCCACAACGCCCUGACCUCACUCAUGUCUGGCGGAAUCGAACCAAUGAGCCGCCCAACAGACGCACCUCAAUUUGCGCCUACCGCUGACAUGGAGCCAGCGGCCAAGGCGGCCAGCGCACUCGCUGCUGCUGCCAAUAGCGCUGCUCGCCUAGAAGAAAGUGUUGCUGAUGCCGCCGUGGAACAAACACCAAUUUCUGCCGCGCCACAGCUGGUCGCCAGCCCUGGUCCCAUGGAUGUUGAUGACGGGAAGCAUCUCUCCCCCGAGCAUGUCGAGGGCCAGGAAGUGCGGCAUCAGUCCGGCUCCAUGCCAUAUACUAGCAACUCCUUCGCUACGCCUCACAUUACUGAAAGCCUAAGAGGGAUGACCUACCCCAGCCCAUCGCCUGUUCAAGGCUCGCCAACCUCCUCCGGCACCAAAAAGCACCGGUGUCCUUAUUGCAAUACCGAAUUCACGAGGCAUCACAACCUCAAGAGCCACUUGCUCACGCAUAGCCAGGAGAAGCCCUACGUUUGUACCUCAUGUCAAAUGCGCUUCCGCCGCCUGCACGACCUCAAGCGCCAUGGCAAACUUCAUACUGGAGAGAAGCCACACAUCUGCACUAAAUGUGAUCGCAAGUUUGCCAGAGGUGAUGCUCUUGCAAGACAUGCAAAAGGAGCCGGCGGCUGUGCUGGCCGACGAUACAGUCUGGGUAGCUUCGCCGAAGGUGAUGAAAUGGAUGGCAGUAUGGCGGAAGGCGACGAUUCUGCCAUGUCUGGUAUGACCUACGACCACGGUGACGAGGACGAGCUGCGCCGACAAAGCCUUCCGACUGGUGGUCACCAGCCUGACCAAUACUCGGCGCAAUCGCGCUCAUAUCCGCCAUCGGGUGCUCGACCUGCUGCAAUGGCUAGCGGACUAUACCCACCCAAUGCGAGCCAGACACAAUCGAGCAACAGUACAGCUUCAUCAUCGAUUCCUAACAGCAUGGGCACGGCCCGCACUGCAAACACGAGCGUAUCGUCCGCGGCCGCGGGUGGAAACACUGGCCUGUACUCUCAGAAUACCAUGACAGAGAGCCCCAAGGCUUUGAGUCCCGCACUUCCAACACACGAGGCACCUGCUCCGGGCCGCCCCCAAUCUCCUCAACAAACUCAACAGGCGCAGUCCGCACGGCGACAGUCGCCACCUCUCGGGCAGAGACCCAAGCUGCCGGGCUUAUCUCAUCCUUUCCCUGCGGCUGCAGCAUCAGCUGGUUACAACCACGCGAGAUCCCCGGCUGAAUCCAACAUGUUUGCUCAGAGCGACCCAGGUGUCUGGGAAUAUAUCCACUCAAUGGAAGAAAAAAUGAAAGGCUUGGUCGAAGAGGUUGAUACCCUUAAGAAGCGUGUGGAAGUGCUCGAGUCUGGUAUCAACGGUUGA